AUGCGCCAUCGACUCACAAAGCGUGCAUGCGAUGAGUGUAUCUCCCGCAAGGUCAAGUGCAGCGGCGCCUGGCCCUGUGAUACCUGCCAGAGUGCCCAAAAGCAAGUCAACUGCACUUACCUGAAACCUGCGCGGAGAAGGGGACCUAAGGUACGAAGGUAUAUCGGGGGUCAGGGAUCGGAACACGCGACAACCGGUCCUUUGAUCACUCCACAUGUUGAUCCGCGUGACGAGGGGAUAGCCCGUGUGGAGGUAGAGCAACAUGUCUUGAGUACUAUCCCAACAGAAGAACUGGUCUCGGUAGUGCGCUUCUACCAGCAGGCGUCUUAUAGUGUGUGGCCGGUUGUCAAUGCAGAAGUGCUGUUGAACAAGCUUGAGCAUGGCACGCCAGAUAUUGGAACCUUGUGUCUGGCCAUGGCUCUCUGUGCAGCCACCAUGGCACAGCUGCAGCUUGCUCCGACAACUGUUGAUAGCACGAUGAUGGCGGCGGAGUGUAUGAGGAUGCGUGAAGCGCACCUUGAUUUGAGGAGCGUCUUGGUCUCGUUCUUCCUGCAUGUAUAUCAUGCCAAGAUCAACCAGAGGGACUCGGCCAUGCGGUUCAUACGAGAGGCUGUGUAUGGCGCUAGGCUGUUGAAGCUGGAUGAAGGUGUGGGUGAGCAAGAGACUGCGCUCGGUGCAGAUGUUGUUGCUAAUAAAGAGAUUGUAUUCCUCUUGCUCUGGGUUUCUGAAAGGGGCUAUGCUAUGCAUCUCGGUCUCGAACCAUCAUAUACCAGUCCUAUUCGCCUACCCGAUGAGGUCGAUGUGGGAGAUAGCGCGGAUGCGAAAGGCCUGCUUGAGCUUGGCAGACUCUUUGCCACGUUCGAUGGGUUUUCGUCCGGAAGGAGCACAAAUUCCAGAGAUAAGCUAGUAAUGACUGCGGAUAGUCUUGCGAAGACGGAGACAGUUCUAUCGAUGCUUUCGUUCGGUAAAGGCGACCGACCUUCCACCCGCAUUGCGGAUUAUUGCAUCACGAAAGAAUGGAUGAGGACUAUCAUCUGGCAGGAAGCUCUGUCUCGGCGUCUGCUCUCCUCGAAAUCCGGUGCCCAGCUCAUGACAUUUAGAUUCCCGGCGGUGGUUAGCCGUGACCUUUUGAUGUCUCUACAAGGCUUUAAUGAGUCUGACUUGCUGCCUUUGGGGCGCGACCAGGUACUAAUCGAAUUCCGAGUUUAG